AUGACUCAACCCAACCCUUACAUCAUGGCCGCCGAAAACCCCGCCGGGGUUCUCGCUCUCCUACAAGCCAACCCCUCCAUCGCAACCGGUCAAGAUGAGCACGGAUACUCGCUCCUUCACGCCGCCACGUCGUAUGGACACAUCGAUUUGCUCCACGCCCUGGUGAACGAAUACAAUGUGGACGUGAACCUACUCGACGAAGACGGCGAGACCUGCCUAUUCGUGACGGAGACCGUCGACAUCGCCAAAUGUCUCGUCGAGGAGCUGCGGGUGGACUUCUACCGCAAGAACUACGAGGGAUUCACGGCGCUGGACAACAUCGAAACCGAAGACGCUUUCCCCGAGGUCGCCACCUAUCUUCGACAGGUGAUGGGUCUCCCGAUACCCGCUGAGAAGCCGGCGGAUGCGCUGAACCCCGCCCCGCCGCUGCCGCCGAAUAUCCAGGUCAACAUGGGGACGGUGUCGGAGCAGGAAGUCAACGCGGGUGCCGAUCAGGUGGAUCCGGAGUUCAAGCGCCGGAUUGAUGAGCUGGCGGCGCGCGAGGACUUCCACAGCGAGGAGACGCAGAGUGAAUUGCGAAACUUGGUUCAGGACGCUCUGCGGGGGAAUGUCGAUACCCAGGAUCGGGAAGUGCGGCGUCGAGUGGAUUAG